AUGGAUCGAGAAGGAGACCUGAGCGAGGACGACAACAACUACGACGACGUGGAGAACGGCGACGACAUGGACAGCCACGACAUGGCGUACGAGCCGAAGGACUUCUCCUGCAAGGACACGUCCAGCAACGACUCGGGGGUCCCCAUCUUCAAGUGCGACCUCUGCGAGUACGAGUCCUACAGCCAGGGGAUGCUCCAGACGCAUCUGAAAUGCCACGAGAACGAUCCGCGGAAACCCUUCCAGUGCGAUAUCUGCAACAUGAAAUUCUCCAACGGUGCCAACAUGCGGCGUCAUCGCGUGCGGCACACCGGCGUGAAGCCGUACGCCUGCAAGAUCUGCCAGAAGCGGUUCUUUCGGAAGGAUCAUCUGGCCGAACACAUGACGACGCACAACAAAAAAGUUCCUUUCCACUGCCCCAUCUGCAACAAGGGAUUCCAGCGUCAGAUCGCGAUGAGAGCGCAUUUCCAGAACGAGCACGUGGGGCACCAGGACGGACAGAAGUCCUGUGGUCUCUGUGGAUAUUCCGCCUCUUCGUUGAAGGGCUUGGGAGUCCACAUGGCCAAACGCCACGGGAUCGAUCUGGACAAUCCGAUUCCGUCCGCUCAUUCCGAAUCCGCCUUGCUUCAAUCUCUGCAACAGUACCCGCGAUCCUUGAUCGAGAGCCAGAGCAUGGGAUUGGUCCCGUCGCACUUCCUCGCUCCCCAGGUCGAGAUCUCGGUGGAGAAUUCCCCCAAAGACGGGAACAUGGACGAUGACGGGGAGGAUUCCAGGAACGCCGAGGAUUCCUCGCCCCAGCAAGGAGGGAAUUCCCCCCACUCGGACUCGAAUUCCUCGAAUGCGCCGACGAGCACGAACAACGAAAAGGUGGUGGUGGACUCGGACAUCCAGCCGGACAUCUCGCUCAUUCCCAUCAAACAGGAGGGCGAGAAGUCCGGCUCGUCCGAGACGGAGGGGGAGAAUAAUUCCGGGGACAAGGACGACAAGGGGGACGAGGAGCGGAGUCGGUCGUCCACGCCCGACCACCACGAUCACGACGAUCACGAUGCUCAUCGCGACUCACGCCACGACGGUCAACAGAUGCAUUCCAAGGGUCACAAUCCCAACGUCUCCCUCAUCAAGGUGUCCCCCUUGAAGACUCUGCUGAGGGAAGACCCUCGCCCGCUCCUGCACCAUGCUCGCAUCCCGCCCAGCUUCCAGUCGUCCCAGCUGGGCUAUCACAAGUUGAGGCAUCAGUGUUUCUAUUGUGGGAUCAUCUUCCCGGAUCAGACUCUCUAUUUCCUCCACAAGGGAUUCCAUUCCGAGAAUAAUCCCUGGAAGUGUAACAUUUGCGGAGAGCAGUCCUCCAACAUCUACGAGUUCAACUCCCAUCUUCUCAGCAAAGCUCAUCAGUGA